CCUGCUCUGCGCUGGGGCGUCUGUGCGAAAGUCCAGUGUCUGGCGUGUUCCGACUAAACCACUUUUACCUCAGAAUCGACACGUUUUCUUUUACACCUGUAGCUUUGAUUCCAUGUCUUUACGUGUCUACAUUUAACCCGCGGUGGAUCCGAGUGAAUGGGACUGUAUUUGAGAAAGUUAUCGACGUGUUUUUUGAGGAAACCGGCGGGGGAGAUGGAGCUGCUAACUGUUAGCUCGAGUGAUUAGCCUAAAAUCACAGGUCAAGAAUAGGACCGAGCUAACAUGCUAACGGCGAGCUAACUUAGCAUUGUGACGCUAAAUCAAGUGACUUUGUUAAGCUGUAACGUCGCGUAUACUAUCACCUCACCCGGCAGUAUUGUUUGGACUGGUUUAUAGUGAAGAUAAACGCCUUUAAAGGAGAAAUAACUCAAUCUGUAGCAUGUUAUCCAACGCGCAGAACCAGCAGCAGCCGCUCUUUCCGAACCAAGCCGGGCAACAGAACCAGGGAGGCGGACAGCAGCAGCAGCAGAACCCCUCGGCCCCCUUCAUGGCUUUCAACACCAGACCCACUCUACAGAUAAAGAAGAAUGCCAUCACGGACGACUACAAGGUGACCAGCCAAGUCCUGGGGCUGGGGAUCAACGGGAAAGUGUUGGAGAUAUUUCAGAAAAAGACGGGGGACAAGUACGCGCUAAAGAUGCUCCAGGACUGUACCAAAGCACGGAGAGAGGUGGAGCUCCACUGGAGGGCGUCGCCGUGCUCAAACAUCGUGAGAAUCAUCGACGUCUAUGAGAACCUGUACCAGGGCCGAAAGUGCCUGCUCAUAGUCAUGGAGUGUAUGGACGGUGGAGAACUGUUCAGUCGGAUCCAGGACAGAGGAGACCAGGCCUUCACAGAGAGAGAGGCCUCAGACAUCAUGAAGAGCAUCGGCGAGGCCAUUCAGUUCCUCCACGCAAUCAACAUCGCACACAGAGAUGUUAAGCCAGAGAACCUGUUGUACUCGACCAAACGGCCGAACGCUCUCCUGAAGCUCACAGACUUUGGUUUCGCCAAAGAGACGACGUCACACAACUCUCUAGCCACGCCCUGCUACACGCCAUACUACGUCGCCCCUGAGGUGCUCGGGCCAGAGAAAUAUGACAAAUCCUGUGACAUGUGGUCAUUGGGAGUCAUUAUGUAUAUUUUAUUAUGUGGAUAUCCCCCUUUUUACUCAAACCACGGUCUAGCCAUCUCUCCGGGGAUGAAGAAGAGGAUCCGGAUGGGACAGUACGAGUUUCCCAACCCUGAGUGGUCUGAUGUGUCCGAGGAAGCGAAACAACUGAUCAGGACUCUGCUGAAGACUGAACCCACUCAGAGGAUGACCAUCACAGAGUUCAUGAACCACCCCUGGAUCAAUCAAUCAAUGGAGGUGCCUCAGACGCCUCUCCACACCAGUCGAGUUCUGAAAGAGGAAAAGGAUGCAUGGGAGGACGUCAAGGAGGAGAUGACGAGUGCCUUGGCUACGAUGCGCGUCGACUACGAACAGAUCAAGAUUAAAACGAUCGAAGACUCGACGAACCCACUUUUAAACAAGCGCCGGAAGAAAGCAGGCAACCCCAUAGCGGAGGUGCAGGGGGAGGGCCACUGAAACACACCCCAGUACACUCACACACAAACAACAUGGAAGCAAUAACUGUCGCACUGCACCCGAUUUACAAUGUUUUAUUUUUGUUUUUAUCGUUUUACCGAUCCCAAAACGUUCUGAUUUUAAGAGAUUAUGACAUUUUUAGUCCUUUCUUUUCGUCAUCAGGUUGUAAAUGGGACUUGAACAUAAACAACCUUGCCUUGUUUUAAUUUUUAGUACUACUUUAUAAUAGCUAUGAUCUUAAUUAGCCUUAAUGAAGUUCGAACGUGUGAUUAAUAUUGAACAAAUCAUUUUUUUAUGAAUGAUUCGAGGUUAGUAACUACUUAGAAUUUGGAUUAAGCUGUUAAAGGUGCUGUAUCUGAUUACAAACGGGUAAAUUGAGUUCAGAAGCGCUUUUCAAAAUUUUGAGAAACCCUUGCGGAGUUUUUCCAUUACAGUAAAGCUAAAAACUAACAUGUUAACGCACAGUUCCUGAUAUUCUGAUGAUAAAACGCUUUGGAAUUAGAUGCGGUCAGUAUACAAAAGAUUACAAAAUAUCUUUCAUAUCGGGGAAAAAAUGGGUACAGCAGCUUUAAGUAGUUACUAAGCCUGAAUCAUUAUUUAAUACUUUGCGGUGACAUCACUCUGGGGGUGUUCUACCUUGGAGACACAUACAUAAGCAAACAUUGUCGAAGCGAAUUUUUAACUCGAUUUAAAUGGCAAAUUUUCAGGAGCCUCUAAUCAGUAAAAGCGUUUAUGGUCCGGUUUUGGUGUUUAUAUUCUUUGCGACAGGCUUGUUUAACAGCACGAAUCAGCUCGGCUCUGUUGUUGUUCCAGCCAGAGUCGUUUGUGGUCAGAUUGCAGUGAACUGAAGCUCAGAUUAAAGUCUAACAAAACGCCAGACGGAGCAUGCCCACAGUUGGCGUCACACCCCCAAGGAAUGUUAAUGACAACCGCAAAGUUAUCAAACCACAAUUUUUUGAUUCCGAAUUAAAUUAAAUCUUUUUUUUGUAUUUAAUUAAGGUUGUUAAGUGUAGCAAUUACAAAGUGUGUGUUUUAAAUGUUUUCGUAAAUUUCGAUGUCCCCUGUGAAUGUUUGUGAACUGAAAAAUGGCUAGAUCCCCAAAACGACUAAGGGAAGUUUAUUUUGUCAUAACAGAAGUCUAUGAAACAGAUUGAAUGUAAAAAUAUCCAUUGUUUUAAAAUGAGCUUUUGUUGUCCUCGUGAAGCAGGGAUUGUCUAUAUAUAAAUGUAGGUUGUGAAUGUUAUGAAAUAGGCCUAUGCACAUAAUACGGAAAGUGGCAUUUUUGAACACCUCAUUUUCACCAUCAGUUAGGUACAGUUUUAAUCCGAAUUUUGUUUUCAAUGUAGCUUUCAUAAGAACUGUAGCCCCACAAUGUACUUUGAAGCCUUAUUUUAAGCAUUUAGUAUUUUUAAAUCAUUGAAGAUUGUCUAUGCAUGGUGAGGACCUUUUCUGUCGUCGAGAUACAGUAUUGAACUAGCCUAGCGAUUCAUUUUUACGGUAAAUACAACUAUAAAAUGUUAACUGACUUGAAUUCUUAAUAUUAUUCACCAUUAUUCACUGUCUGAGUUGCAACAUUGACCAGGUUAUAUGCCAAUAAUAGCUUAUCUGCCUUGUGUUUUUUAAAAGUGUAUGUGUAACUUCUCUGGAAGGGCUUGUCUCCGUGGACAUGCUUGUCCUUUGCUCGGAAAGUCCCACAGUAUUGCAUUAAUCAUACAGCAUUUGUUUAAUUUAGUUCUUUUUGCUUGAAAAAUCACAUUAUUAUUACGAGUGGUGUCACUUCUCCAUAAACCUGACUUGUACUCGGUCUAAUGGCAUCACACACUUUUCUAGUAAAGCAAUAAAAUAUCCUCGGAGACAAGCAGGCGAGAAGUUACACAGUGUAUCUUUAACCAUACUACCGUAUUUUUUGGAUUAUAAGUCGCACCAGCCAAAAAAUGCAUAAUGAAGAAGAAAAAAAACAUAAUUUGCACUUUCUGGAGGAAAUUUAUUUUAUAAAAUCUGAGACCAGGAACCGACAUUUCAUCUUGAAAGUCAAGUUCUAGUAAUGUCAAUAGAACAGAGAACAACAGACAACAUCACAUAUGAACAGUUCUUCAGAUAACUAUAACAUAAACAACAGAACAAGUUUACCAAACUCUCCAUCUCACUCCAAAUCACUAAAUCCAUUCAGUUCUUCAUGUGUCACUUCUGAGCAACUCCGCGACCUCCAGAGGUAAACCAUAGAUCCAUAAGGUAGCUGAGGUUCUGUGUAGCUGUCAUCAGACUCAGCAUCAGUUCCAGUUAGAAUUAUUCCAGCCGUUCUGAAUCCCAACAGGAUGGUUUUGUUUGUCACUGAAGUCCAGGCUUUGUCGUUCCAUCCAGUGACUUCCAGGAAAGUUGUAUGUCGACCCCUCCCAGUUACCGUGAAGCAGUGUUCUCCAUCCCCGUUUUCCCCCAGUCCCUCACAAGUUUCUCGCUCACUCCAAACUUUCUGUCUGCUGCUCGAUUCUUGUUUUCUGCUGAAUAUUUCACUAGUUGCAGCAGAACAGCGGCUUUUUCUGCAGGAGACAUGCGCAGUAGAGUGUGAAGUGACAGUGGUACAGUAGCAGCAGAUACUGACACACAAGCCUAGAGCCUCUUGUGGCUGUCAGUGUGAAAAUUUGGAUAUAUAAGUCACACCAGAGUAUAAGUCACAGGACACACCCAAACCAUGAAAAAAAGUGCGACUUACAGUCCAAAAAAUACGGUAUGUGUGGGUAAAGUUCUUAAUAUUAAUAUUCUCAUCAAAUCUGUUAAGACAAAAUGUAAAAAAUAAAUUGCUAGGCUAGCGAUUGCCAUAAUAAGGGAUUAUAUGCAUGUGGGUGAGCUGUAGCGCCCCCUGGGGACAAACUGGCAGACAUGUUAAGCUCUGUAUUUUUUUGUUUGUCAUUUUUUGCAUAUAUUAUUUUUGUUACUGUUUAUCCAUUGCCCUGUUAUAAGGCCAGACAGGACCCUCCCAUUCAUUAUAAUAAAAUCUGUAUUAUUCUAGACAGCACCCCAAUACUUCUUGUAGUAGCAGUAGUAGGGAGUAGAAAGUACUUACAAAACUACACCAGCAGCUGUCUAUUCAAUUUAAUCCAUCAAUUUCUAUCGUUUUAUUUUACCAUUGACUCAACCACAUGACUCCUCCCCUCUAUCUCUCACACACGCACACACAUACACACAAGGGAUCAUGGGUAAUGUAGUUCACAAUGUAAACUCACGUGUACACUGUAAAAUGUUCAUUAAAUGUUUGUACUUUUCAUUUUUCAUUUAGUUUUCUCCUCUUUUUUCAGACACUCUUUGUAGUGUCUGCACAGGUCUGUCUCUUUCUGUCAUUUUGAGUCUUUGUUAAAGCUCCACGCGUCAACUUUUUGUGUCUGCUGCAAGCUUUCGAUUAAAAAAACGACAAAAAACACA